AUGCCUAGGCUCAAGGCGUCGUCCCAACAGGUGCCACCGCGCAAGAAGCGCACAUUCUUUUCGGCAAACAAGCUCCCCGCUCUCCCCCUCGCACGCGCCCCUAGCCCCCCUCGCGCUGUGAGCAGCGACCGCGUUCUCGCCGCACUCCAGCCCGAUGCCCAUGUGGUUGUUGCGGCCAAGAACUUUGUCAAGGACAAGAUGGGGGACGACAAGUGGGAAAUCGCAGACAAGACCCGCGUCACCCGUGGUGCCGCCGCCGCCGCCUCCACAACGCUUCCGCUCAAGCGCCGUGGCCGCCCGGCCCGCAAGGCUCCCAUUGCAAAGGUUCAACCCAAGGUUGUCGCCGUCGGCGGUGUGACUGGUACCAUCGGACAGCGCAUCAAGGCCACAGCUAUCCAGACUGCCACGGUCGCCCGUAAAAUUACCCUUCGCACGCGUGCUCCCACGACCCCAGCCACCAGCACCACUACCUCUGAUGCGGAGGAGGAGGACGAGGUGGACGAGGAGGAUGAGGAACACACACUCGAGCCACCCGUUGCGGGUCCUUCCAACACGUCCUCGUCCGCCGCCCCUGUUGCCAACGCGGCACCCAAGGAAGCCCCGGAGCCCAACCCAUCAAAGAUGAAGGAUUACAUGACCGCCGGCGCGGCGAGCCCGUCAAGCGUGGCCCUGGACGCCCUCGCAAGUCUGCCCCCGAUGCCGCCGAUCCCCACUGCGGAGGGGGAGGGCGUUUCGUUCCCUCCUCUUCCCCUCGACCACGGACAUGUGCACUUUUUCGGCACCGAGCGCGAGUUUGUGCUCCCGUACAACAUCAUGUGGGAGAGCGAAACGGGCGCCCUGGACGGCAAGAAGCGUCCACCCUUUUACACCAAGCUGCGUUCGAAUCAGUUUAUCGAGCGGCCUAAAUGCCCCGCCGAAGACCCCGCCACUUGCAACUGCGAGCCGACGGAGGGGUGCAGCGACAACUGCAUCAACCGCAUCAUGAGCUACCUGUGCGGCAAGGACUGCCCCUGUGGCGAGCUGUGCGGCAACAAGAGCCUCGCGCGUCGCAAGGGCAAGGCGACCAAGGUGGUGUGGACCGGGGCGCGUGGCUUUGGCCUGUUUGCCGCUGAGGAUAUUUCCGAAGGCGACUUUGUGACAGACUACCGUGGCGACGUGAUUCAUAUCAACACUUUUAUCGAACGCAUUGAAUCAGAAUACAAGUCUCAGCGCAACUACUACGCUCUUGCGUACGACGGCAACGAGGUCAUUGAUGCUGGUCUCCGUGGCAACGAUGCCCGCUUCAUCAACCACGGCUGUCAACCCAACCUCGAGGUGCGCAAGCUGCAGACCAUGGGCGACGGCUUUGAAGAGUUUGAAGUCGGCAUGUGGGCCCUGCGCGACAUCAAGUCUGGCGAAGAGCUCUUCUACGACUACAACUUUGACUCGUUCUCCAUCGAGCUCAAAAAGGACGACAUGCGCCAACGCUGCCUCUGCGGUGCCCCCAACUGCAUUGGUUUCCUUGGUCGCAAGCAAGGCGAAAAGUCGGCCAAGGUCCGCGCUGCUCAGCUCGAGUCGGACAGGCAGGAGGAGGAACGCAAGGCCGCGGCCAAGGAGGACACCAAGACCAAACGCGCAGAGAAGGCUGCUGCUGCUGCUGAUGUUGUCCCCACCCCCGCUCCGGCUCCAGCCCCCGCGCCCCCCGCCCCUGCCCCUGUUGUUGCCGCCGCUCCGUCGGUCGGUGCUGUGCCGGUCACCCCAGUCAAGCGUGGCCCCGGUCGCCCUCGCAAGCACCCUCUGUCCACCUCGACUGUGCCCGAGUCUGCCGACGGAACACCUGCUGGCGAGACACCCAUCAAGCGCAAGCGUGGCCGUCCUCCCAAGCCUCGUCCCGAAGGCUUCCAGCUCAUCAAGCGUCCGCGUGGCCGUCCUCGCAUCCACCCCCUGCCCGACCCCGACGCGCCCCUUGUUAAGCGUCCCCGUGGCCGUCCUCGCAAGAACGCUCUCGCCGGCCAGACCACUACCAUGUCGGUCGGCGCUGCGACUGUCGCUCGUCUGUCCAGGGUGGCUGGUCUUUCGAGGGCCGCUCCUUCGAGCGCGUCCAACGCCAACGCCGUUGCUGGGCCCUCGAACGCCGCUGCCGGCCCCUCGACCGCGGUCCCCGCCGCGGGCCCUAACCCAGCCAUGGUGAACAACUUUUGGAAGUCUUCAGUCCCCCGCACUGCCGCGGCCGAGCCGGCCCCAGCCCCAGCCCCCGCUCCAGCCGCAGACGCUGCUCCGACCACUGCCCAGCCUACCGGCAACCACUGGGUCGCCGCCAAGGCCGAGCCCACCGAGAACGGCGACGCCCCUGGUCCCAGCCGUAUCCGCCUGACGAACCUGUUCAACCGCCCGGUGCCCUACCCCAUCAAGCGCGGUCCCGGUCGUCCUCGCAAGAUGGACACGAUCGGCGCCGCGGUCGGCAGCGCCGUGUCGUCUGUCACUGGCCUUGUCAAGCGCAAGCCCGGCCGCCCCAGGAAGGAGGUUCCACCCGAGGAAGCCAACGGACCGCCCUUGCCACGCGCGACGCCCAAGCAGCUCCAGAAGGCCAAGCGUAACGGCGCUCCUUGCGGGUGGGCGUACGUCCCCGUCGCCAUCCCCGCUGGUGCCGUGCCCGCUGCCGGCCCGAGUGGCGACGCCGACGCGCCAGCUACCGCCCAGGCUCCUGCCGCCGUGGCUCCCAUCGCCGCUGCGUCUGGGGGACCGGGCUCGUCGGCCGGCGACGACGACGGCGGCGGCGAGGGUUCGGGCGGCUCGGGGCGUCGCUCGCGCCGUACGUCGCGUCGCAUCGAGUACGAGGAGUAG